GUAGUCUUCCAUUCUAACAUCUUCGAAAGAUUCCACAUCAGUCAUGGAGUUUGUGGCCUCCCCGCACAUUUCAUUCGUUGAAAUUUUAUCGUUUGCUUUAAUCGUUGUGGUGCUUUGGAGCUGUUUGAAGAUUUGCUGUUUGUGUUUGCUGUUAAGUUUUUGAAAAUCUCCCAUAUCUAUCAGCCAGUGUCCCCCUUUCUGUUUUCCAAAACGUGACUGCAGCUUUGCACAUAUCGUCCCUUGGGCUAAUCUAGCCCUUAUACCCAUUCGGUGGAGCAUGGUUUUGAAGGCUGAUCCAGUCAUGUGCUGGAAAUCUGUUUUAACGUCCGCCAGUGCCACGUAUUGAUUUCCAUCAAUUUCAAACAGAUCUCUGUCCAGAAUUUUGGUAGGUUCUAAAUAAAAAUAUUCUGGUUACAUGUAUAAAAAGGAAACUGGUUGCAAGAAAACUGAUUACAAGAAAACUGAUUACAAAAUGCAAUCGUGUUGAAAAAAUCUUGUUGCAAAAGUAUAUGUUUCGACCAUCAAUCUGUGAGAAAACAUCCUUUCUAUUGUAAAUAAUCAACGAUAAGGAAACAACUUGCCAUGAAAAUUUGAAUCCAUGUCGUUCUUCGACGAGUGACAAUUGUUUGAUCCUGCAGGAAAAAUAUGCUGAUUCAAUAAAAGGAAAUUAUGAUGUUUUGCUACAAAUACUGUUUUCUACACUAUCACCCCUUCUCUGUUUUAAAUUCAGCGUUUAAAAAAUAAUUUUUAGCGCGCAAAUUUUUCUUUGUCCUGAGAACAAUACGGCUAAGGAGGUGGGUACCUAUCUGGCAAGAGGGGGUUCAUUUCGAGGGAAGGGUUAUUCGGAGAAGGUAUCUUUUUCACAGGUGAGGAUCUCAAGCAAUUAAGAAUUCACGGUAAGAGCUACUUCCUCAAAGUAUUGUUUCGUGUUUUGAUGUUUUCGUUUGUUCUUAUUCGAAUCACGUCAUAACUGUCAACCAUCGAACGAACUGUUAGUCGCACGUGGAGUUGACUUCGAGCAGCUUCUCUUCGACCCGUCGAUUCGUCGAUAUUGCUUGGUAUCCAAAUAUAUUGAAAAUGGAAGAUAUUGCAGAAACGGUCCUAGUUUUUCAAAGGAUUUUGGCCAAUUUGGUCGAAAUCCAGCGGAUUCCGGUGGCCGAGGAGCUGAUGUCUGAAAUUCUCGGGAUAUCUCUGGAGACCGAAAAUAAAUUGCAAGAGGUGUGUCGUCGUGUUGAUUUCCCCUACAGAUUUCAAGAGGAACCUCGUAUUCGAUACAAUGUUUCUUUGCCAGGUCCUGAAAGGAAGAAGAAGCGUGCAGAAACAUCUGCUGCACAAGGUGAGUAUAGGGCCGUCUAUGAACAAGGUGAGUCAUCCACUUCCAUAGAGGGUCCUAGUAAUGCUGAAGAUGUAGCUACUUUGGGUGAAAUUUCUCUUGAUGUUGAUUUGCAGGAGGAGCUCGAAGUCACACAGACUGAGGGCCUCAUUAAUAGUUUUACUCUUGAUGAGAGCAGUCAGGAUGUUGGAUCAGAGCAACUGCUUGCAAAUCUGCAGAUUGAGGGAUCCAUUCAAAGUGCUUCAUCUGAAGCUUCGUUUCCUGCUACGCAAUCAGGCUGCAAGGGGGCGCGCUCAGCUUUCAUUGGGCAUCAUUCCAGCAACCAAUCUAGGUAUGAGGAUUUGUUGACGCAUUCAGCAUUUCCUGAUGGUGAUUGCAAGCACGUGCGAACAUUUGUUGGCAAUAACAGUUCAUAUGUACUGCCUCCUCCUUCUUCUAAGGACAAUAUUUUUCAAUUGGACCUACCAUACUAUGGGUGUGCGGAUGUCGUCCUGAUUCCGGAAGGGAUUGACCUCUCCAAUCACUCAUGGGAUGAAGAAAACAACGCCGAGUUGGACGUGCUCAUAGCUGCGUUGAACUAUUCCCAUGCUGUCCGAAAUAGGAUCUUUUGGCAAGUGGGUAGGUUUCUUGUGCACUCAUCCUCCUGUUUGGGAACGUCCAGAGAUGAAGUUGCACUUCGCUUAGGCAAAAGGGUGUUUCAGAAGAGGCAAGAGGAGUACGAGCAAUUGUUGCGUUCCUGUGGCUGCAACAUGUGCUUACGGGCUGUUCCGGGACCUCACUCUCGAGGCAAUCAUUGCUGUCAGGUAGACUCACGUGCACGCCUCAUCAACAUUAGGUAUGCGAAUACGAGCACUCGCUCUUUGCAGCGCAUGCUUAGGUUGGCGGAGGGACUUGGACCUACCCCUGAUUUGCUGCGCUUUUUUAACGUAACUUUGCCUAUAGGUUUUUUUGCGACAGCAGUGGAGGACUGCCUCCCUGCUUGUCUCAAAAACAUAGCUAUUGGGUCCUUCUUGGAUGUCCCCAGCUAUUUAUUGUAUGACUUCCCAUUGGUAGAAGACGGUCGGUGGGUAAAAGUUCCACUUGAUGUGUGCUUCUUUCCAGAUGCGGAUGGCAUAACCAUAGAUAGGUACGAGAGAAACGAUUUUGUUGCUGUGUUUAGCGCUCCAUCUGUGCGGUUUCGACUUGAGGGACUGGAUGCUCCCGAAAUGGAUACGUCUGUCAAGUAUACGGAAGGAGCAAGUGGUCAGCAUGAUCUCUGUUGGGAUUGU